UGAUCCAACGGCACAGGUUGUGCUCUGCGUUCCUCUUGAAAUUCGCCUAGCUGGCCGUCGUGAAUUAUUGUUAUGCCUAAGCCUUAGACACUCUUUUCUCUUAACGUAUUUACCAUUUACUCGCCUUAAAAAAUAAAAAAUGAAAAUUAUCUGUAAAUAGACAAGUCAGGAUUGCAAAAUAUGUUUCAAGCAAAAAGUUCACCAUUCGGCCAAACACCAUUUGGGCAGCCAUCUACUACAGGCUUUAGCCCUCCUGUUUUUGGGUCAACGCCAAACACCGGUCUCUUUUCUGGAGCAACAACUCAACAAUCUGGCCUAUUUGGCAGCAGUACAGCAACCCCGGCAUUUGGGCAAACCCAAACUACAACCCCAGCAUUUGGUGGAUUUACAUCCACUAGUUCGGGCACUGGUCUUUUUGGCAACCAACAAAAUGUAUCAAGUGGGUUAUUUGGAUCCAGCACGACACCAGCUUUUGGGCAACCGAAGCCUGCUUUCGGUGGUUUUGGGACUCAACAAACUGGUGGAUUAUUUGGGCAACAGCCACAACAGAAUCCAGUUCAACAGACUUCCCUAUUCGGCCAGCCAGCUACUCAAUCUGCUUCCGGACUUUUUGGAUCUUCUAGCUUUGGAGCUGGUACAGCAGCUGGAGGAACAACCAUUAAAUUUGUACCGGUCACUGGCACUGACACCAUGUUGAAAAAUGGCGUCAGUUCAACAAUUAAUACAAGGCAUCAUUGUAUAACUUGUAUGAAAGAAUAUGAAGGAAAAUCAUUAGAGGAGCUUAGACUCGAAGACUAUUUGGCUAAUAGAAAAGGCCCACAACAAGGCGUUCAACCUGGUCUAUUCGGUUCGACCAAUCAGCCUUCCCUUUUCAGCACCAACACCAAUACAGGUACGACAUCGACAAGUCUUUUUGGUGGAGAAAAUAAAAGUUUGUUUGGUGGAACAAAUCAAGGGUUUGGUACGGGAAUGACUAACACUUUUGGGGCAGGAACAUCAGGUAGUGCAUUGUUUGGUAAGCCAUCAGGAACAGUAACAGCAUUUGCAACACCCGCUUCAACUACAUCAAAUACAUUUGGUUUUAACACAAACACAACAACCAAUCCUUUUGGGGCUCAAAAACCAUUUGGUGCUACAACUCAGCCUGGAUUAUUUGGCUCAACAUCCCAACCAACCAGCUCAUUUGGUACUCAGCAAACAGGAUUUGGAACAAGUUUUCAAAAUCAAACUGUGCAAAAUGGUGGUAUUUUUGGACAAAAUAAGCAACCAUUCCCAAUGGGAACAACAAAUGCGUUUUCCUUCAAUCAGCCAGCUAGUUCAGGAACAUCAACAUCUAUAUUCGGCAAUAAACCUGCCACUUCAGGUUUCGGUACAUUUGGAUCUACAUCCACACCUGGAACGGGAUUUACAGGAACAAAUUUUGGUGCUACAAACCAAAACACAUCUUUUGGAACUAAUUUUAAAGCACCUGGCACGACUUUUAAUUUUACUACGCCAACAACAAACACACUUGGCGGUGGAGGUCUUUCCCUUGGUGGAGGAUCAUCACUCUUUGGAAACACAUCCAAACCUGGGGGGUUGUUCAAUCAACCAAGCACAGGUCUUUUCAGUGGAUGUUUAGGAAAUACCAACAGCAAUUUCAAUACAGGUUCAACUGCUCUGGGAGGAUUAGGUGGAACUCAACCAUUCAGCUUGGGCAGUGGUUUUGGUACAGGACAGAAUACUAACCUAGGUACACAAUCAGGGCAGAUGAACAGUUCCAUCAAUCAUCUCAUGGUAUAUGGAUCUAGCCCAUUUGGGGACUCGCCCAUUUUUAAAAAUCUUCUAACUCCAACUGGAAAGGCGGAUGAACUGAUAAAGCCGACAAGCCCAGCCACCCAAAAAGCUCUCAUAUCAGGACAAAAUUACAAAAUAUCUCCAAAAAAUAACACCAAAAUAAAAGUAAAAUCUGUUGAAUCCAACUAUCUAACAAAGAAGUCACUUUUUGAUGGCCUCGAUGGAGAGGAGGAAGCGACAAAUGAAGUUCUGGGUCAGGCUGUAAGACCAAGUCCUAAACGUCUUAUGUUCAAGCCAAGAUCACUAACCGACAUAUCAAUAACACAACGAUCGAGCCUCCCUGGUGCUUCAAAUCUAAUAAAUGAAAUGUCACCAGUGAUAAAAACAAGUCCAAAAGUCAUGUUUAAAACAACUGUGUCCAGCAAUUCUCCAGCUGAUAACAGUCCUCACGUAAAUUUAAUGAAAGCACAGUCAACACCUAAAUCCUCACUAGUGACUAAAAAGACUGAUUCUACAAAUUUUGAUAAUACAAUAGAAGAGUUAAGAUCAAAAAGUAAUACUUCAAAUCCACAAAAUGUUUCAAGUACAGACAAUAAAGAUGUUUUAUCUACAACUUCUAGCUCAGAUUCAGAGAUGGAAGAUACUGUACCACCGGAAAUGGAUGGCACUACUUCAGAGCAUCCGACAGGAAUAGUUUUAAGAAGAUUAGGUUACUAUACAAUACCAUCAUUGGACGAGCUGGCCGAACUCAUGGAUAAUGAAGGCCGGUGUAUCGUUGAUAACUUUACAAUUGGUAGACUGAAUUACGGCAAUAUAUUUUAUCCUGAUUCCUUUGAUGUCGCCGGACUUAAUUUAGAUGAAAUAGUUCAUUUCCGUCACAAAGAAGUUGUUGUUUAUCCCGAUGAUGAAAAAAAGCCUCCUGUAGGCAAAGAUUUGAAUCGAAGGGCCCAAGUGACAUUGGACCGAGUCUGGCCUGUUGAUAAAACGACAAGACAGCCUGUAACUGAUCCAGUUAGGAUUUCGUUGUUAGAUUACGAGCGUAAGUUGGAAAAUGUUUCAGCAAAACAUGGCACGAAAUUUGUUGAAUAUCGUUAUCAAACUGGUUCCUGGGUCUUCAAGGUUGAUCAUUUUUCAAAAUAUGGUAUAAGCGAUUCUGAUGAAGAAGAACUUCCAGCUAAUCCACAGAUGCCAAAAAUUCAAGAUAGCCAGCAACUUCUUAUCAAACAGCAACAGCAAGCAGCAAAAAUUCCACCAUCCACCUUACAUUUUCAAAAACAGUUAAGUAGUAAUCUAACCUCAACUGCCAUGAUGUUAGGUGAAGAGGAUGACGAUAUGGAUGACGGUAUUACAAAUCCUUAUGACCUAGACGGAGAUCUCGAAACUUCAUUAACACUCUCGCAGAAAUAUGCAAAAGAGCUGAGAAAACAAAAGGAGCUCCUGUCUCAUGAAAGUAUAGGAGAUAAAAUCUUUAGUCCUACAAGUAACUUAGCUAAAGAAUUGGGAUCUUCAUCACAUAAAGUCCAACUUAUGAAGGCAUCUUUCUUUGACCGGGGAGACUUUGAAAUAGAUGGAGAAUUUCUCAAAUACGAAGAUAUGGAUCAGCCAGUCAAUUUUCAAGUCAAUGGCUUUAGUUUUGAUGCAAAGAAACUUACACAGGCUUAUAAGUGGUAUAGACAAAAUGAAAUGUUGCUCGGGGAUGAUCUUGAUCCUAUGGAAGACAAAAUCACUUCUCCCUCUGAUCUAUGUCGUUCAGAGUCUCCAUUGGCUGAGAGUGAAGAUAACAGAGCCGUUCAAGAAUUUUCAUUUGUUGAAGAUAUUCCAGAAAUUGAUGAGCAAAUAUCUCCUAAAACUUACGUAUUAGGACAAAGGAUUUCUGUUCUCCCAUACAUCAAGUCGUCUUGCAGCCUUCAAAACUCUAAAUGUCUCGUCGACAUGUCAAUUUUCCGUGGCAGGGGCUUCAAGGUCUCGUGGGGCCCACGUUCACAACUUAUUGUGCUCAGCAGUGAAAAUUCUAACUCAAAAGAAUUAUACAUGUCAAUAGAUGGGAGAAAAACUGAUGACAAUUCAUCUUAUGUUCUCGAACGGCACAGUCUGUACGAUGUUAAUGCUAAAAGUGCUGAUGUUACGUUUGAGGAGACAGUGUUACAACAUCUAGAAGUUACUUAUUCACAGAGCAUUCUGAAUGAUAACAAUGGAAAUCCUCAUUUUACAUUCAAACCUGGAACUGGCACACUCCAAAAACAUUUCAUCGCCUCUAAAAAACUGGUGGAAAGGUUAUCAGACCAAAAGAAAAACUAUGUAAAAAAGUAUUUACAGUUGUCAUGUCAUGUGUGGGGUCUUUGUGUAGCUCUGUGGGGAGAUCUUGAAUGUUCUGAAGAUAGCCAUGAAGGUAUAAUGCAGCGAAAGUAUGCAGUUUCCAGUUGGCUUGAAGAUGUUCUUUCAAGUUAUUCCGAAGAAAAUGUAAUAGAUGAGAAUAAUACAGUUUUUGCUUACAUGACAGCUCAUAAAAUCGAUAAAGCUUGUGAAGAGGCACAGAAAAAAGGUGAUCAUCAACUUUCUUUGCUAUUGUCUCAGUGCCAGAGCACUCCAGAAAUAAGAGACAUGAUUGAAAAGCAAUUAAUUCAGUGGAGGGAAACAGAAGCUGACAAACAUAUAGACAUUCAGAGACUCAAAACUCUGAUGCUCGCAGCAGCCCUUCCUGUCCACAGGACGAGCAGUCAGACAUUGAAUGCAUGCGAAGAUUUAAAUUGGCUACAGGCUUUUGGAAUUCACCUUUGGUAUAUUAAUUCAAGAGUUGCAUCUGUGACCGAUGCUUUGUUAGCCUAUGAAAAUGCUUAUAAGAAUGAAGGCUAUGCUUCAAAACCAAAACCACAUUAUGAAGAUGAAUAUGUCAUAGAAACUAGCCAUGAAAAGGAAAUUAAUGAUAUAAUUUAUCAUCUCUUGAAAUUGUUCUCGGCCAAAUCUCAUCCUCUUGAACAGUUGUUGAACCCAACAACUUACUCUCCAGAACCUCUAGAUUAUAGGCUAAGUUGGUUUCUGAUGAGGACACUAGUAGAAUUGGGAUAUGCCCAUUUAUCAUUGUAUGCUAUGUCAUUAAUUCACAUUAGCUUCUCAGCUCAGCUUGAAGGAGAAGGACUAUGGCAUUGGGCCGUCUUUGUCUUGAUGCAUAUUAAUGAUGAAGAAAUGAGGGAAAAGGCAGUAAAGGACAUAAUAAGUAAACAUGUAUCAAUUGAAGACAAUGAUGAAAAAGAAAUGUUUCUCAUGCAAAAGUUAAAUAUUCCUUCUGAAUGGAUCUAUGAAGCCAAAGCGAUACUCGCUUUAAGUUUAAAAAGAUAUCAUGCGUCUGGCAAAUAUUUUUUGAAAUCUCACAAUUGGAAUCAAGCUCAUAGUGUGAUUAUGAAACACAUUUAUCCAAAAGCGAUAAUAUUAUCAAACCAUGAUUAUUUGGAAAGUCUUUUGAAUGAACUCGCCAUCGAUGAGCGGCACAAGGAAGUAACUAAUUGGAAUAGAAGUGGAUAUGUUGUGCUGAAAUACCUCCGACUGAUGAAGAGGAUGGGCGAUUUAGUCUCUAGCAAGAAUGACGAUUACAAAAUAGGGACGCUUCAGAUUGAACUUCAAGAGCUCUUUCUUGGGCUGAAACUGUUCAAACGUUCCGAUCCUCUUGAGAAGUUGAGUCUGGAGGUGAUGGCAAAAAGAACUGUUGACCUAGCACUUGAAAUAGCGUUGUCCUUCCAUGGAGUCGACACACCGGCUGUCUUACAGUUUACAGAGUUUAUGCAUGAUUUGCCAAUGCCACAGGAAGACAAAACCGGGAAAUGGCUUACCGUUGUUGAAUUUUGGAACAAGGCAAAAUGAAUUUUCUUGUUGUUGUCUUUUAAAAUUCCUAAUAUAACCAUUCUCACAAUUUUACCUUAAAAUAAUAAAUGUGUAAAUAUUU